AUGGGCCUCCAAGAGGCCGGGCAAUCCUCGAGAGGCGAGCCGCCGGCUGCAGGAACGGCAUGGAGCGCAGAAGCCGGGGGCUCCUGCUCCCUCUCCUGCUACUGGCUGCGUUGGCGCGCCAAGGCGAGGCGCAGUACGAAAAAUACAGCUUCCGCGGCUUCCCUGAAGCCGAGCUGAUGCCGCUGCAGAGCGCCUACGCGUACGCGCUGGAGCAGUACGAGAACGAGAGCUGGAAGGAGACGGUCCGCUACCUGGAAGCGAGCCUGCGCCUCCACCGCCUGCUCCGGGACAGCGAGGCUCACUGCCACAAGGAGUGCGCGGGCAGCGACACGUCCGCCCAGGGCGCCGGCCCCACGGAGCCUGCAGAGGGCGCGCGGCGCGGCGCGGGCCGUGCGGAGCCUGCAGGGGGCGCGGGCGCGGAGUGGCUGCGGGAAAUGGAGCUUUUUGGGCUCGUCCUGCAGCGCGCCGCCUGCCUGCGGAGGUGCAAGCGCAGCUUGCCGGUCUUUCAGCUCAGCUACCCGCCGGUCGAGACCCUGCGUGACUUCCAGCGCCGCACGCCUUACCAGUACUUGCACUACGCGCUUUUCAAGACGAAUAAGAUUGAGAAAGCCGUCUCAGCUGCUCAUACGUACUUGCAGAAGAAUCCCAAGCAUGAGAUGACCCAAAGGUACCUGCAUUAUUACAGGACCAUGGUGGAUGUGGACGAGUACCUCGUGGACCUGGAAGCACAGCCAUAUGAGGCAGUUUUUGUGCGAGCAGUGAAACUGUAUAACAGUGGGGAUUUCCGGAACAGCAUCACCGACAUGGAGCACGCGCUGUCCGAUUAUUACAAGGCUUAUGAGAACUGCUUGGCUGGCUGUGAAGGCAGCUAUGAACUUCGUGAAUUUAAGGACUUCUACCCAGCCAUUGCAGAUCAUUUUGUCAGUGUUCUACAAUGCAAAGUGGAUUGUGAGGCUGACCUAACGCCAAACGUAGGUGGCUACUUUGUGGAGAAGUUCGUGGCCACGAUGUACCACUACCUCCAGUUCGCAUACUACAAGCUGAAUGAUAUCAAGAAUGCAGUACAGAGCGUGGCCAGCUACAUGCUGUUUGAUCCCCGAGAUGAGGUGAUGCAACAGAACCUGGUCUACUAUCGCUUUUAUCGAGAGCGGUGGCACCUGGAAGAGGACGACUUCAACCCACGGCCGGAGGCCUUGCACUAUCACAACCAGACUGCCACACAGAAGAAGCUCCUGGAGUUUUCUGAGCAGUAUCUCCAACCAGAUGAUGAGGGAGAGGUGGGUGAAGCUGAGGCGGAGAAGGAGCUAGCAUUACCAUCGGAUGCUGAGUUUGAGGAGAUUGGUGAUUAUGAAGAGGGAUUUCUGUCCCAGUGGUGGCAGGAGCCGAAAUCAAAAGGCGACAAAGCUGACCAAGAGCGGCUCGAGUGAGUGAUACGAUCCUCACAGCACCUGCAGGAGAGGGGGCAUCCUCUUCCCUUGCACUCACCAGGAUUGAAGUGGGCUGCCUGGAAUGGGCAGCUGCGCCCUCUGAUGGCGUUUCAAGAAGCUCCAUGCUGUGGAAAGCUCAUCCUCCAGGUCCUCCUAGUUCUUAGGUUAGCAUCCCAGCCUGGGGAAGUCGCUCUUCGACACCUCCUGUGUAAAACUCAGAAUUCCACCUCCAAUUGGACUGGCCACAGCUGGGCGCUUCUGAGCCAAUCAAAGAUGCUGCUUUAUGUCCCAGCAUGCUUAACUUCUAUAAAAGCCAUGUGGACAGGCUUAGGCAUCUAUUGGAAACUAGUGACCGUGACCAAAAGGUGGCGAUCUGUAACUGGGUUUUCAGUGCCGUUGAUCUCCCUUGGUCCCAGGGGACCGUUGUAAACUAUUGAUCCUUUCCCUGCCAGGCACAGAGGAGCAGACCUCAGGCUUGGUAGAUUUUUCUUAGACCCACAAAAUCCUCCAACUUAGAGCCAGGUGCAAAAUGGUAGCACUAGAGGAGCCUUUGCACACCUAGAUGAGCUUGAUCAAAUGUGGAAGUCAAGAACGUGUAUUUAGGACCAGGACUGAUCUUACUCCUUUCACACAAUAGUAUACUUCUGUUUCCCUCCACCCUUCUGUCUUUAUUCAGCAAGCUAAUUAAGAAAAAUAUAUUUUUGUUAUUGCCUUUGUUUAAUCAGUGGGAAUGGGAAACUCUUGCCAGUCCGGUGCUAAACACUCUGAAAUCCAGAGACACUGUUAGAAGGUAGUCUGCUGGGUCUGGAGCCCUGAAUCUUUCCUCUGCAACCCCUGGGUUGAUGUCCAUGGGCAUUUCCUGAAAUCAAGGUACAGGUCCUGAUUAUCUCUGUUGCACCUGAUCCUCCUGGAUUAGCUGGCCUUUUGCUUUACCUCCUACUGUCUUCCAGAACCUAUCCACCUGAGGUUUUUUUAAACAAAUGCCCUUCUCUCUCCUGUUCAUAUAUCCCUGUUUUCAAAUAAGGGUGGUCUUAGGAGGCCGACUCCUUUAAGGAUACCUAGAAAGAGUUUUAGACAUAUGUAAAUUGGCAUAUGCAAAUUUGUACCUUUUUUUGCUUUGUCCUGUGGGCCUGAUCCCUAGAUCUUUUCUUCCAUUACCUAGCACCAACCCUGCACACACUGCCCUGGUCCUGACUUGUGCUAAUCAGUCAUGUCGCAUGGCAGAACUCAGUAGCCCUGGGCUCCUUUCUGAUCUGAUUCUCAAACAAAACAAUAGGUACGUACUGAUAGGCUUGUCAAGUGCCUUCUAAAACUUCACUGGUGCCUCUUUUGUGAUGUUGUUUUCAACUAAUUUAAUUUGUUUGCUUUCUACAGAUUAAAAUAGUGAAAUUUUAAUAACAAA